ACUCAUCAGUACUUUAUUUAAAUUUAUUUAAAUAUCUCUGAAAAUCGACAAGAUGAAGAUUAAGUUCCUGUACUUUUUCCUGGCCCUGAUGACCGUUUUCAUCCUGGGCGCCAAGGAAGCCGAGGCCGACUGUCUAUCUGGGAAGUACGGAGGUCCUUGUGCCGUCUGGGAUAACGAGACUUGCCGUCGUAUUUGCAAAGAGGAGGGACGAGUCAGUGGUCACUGCAGUCCCAGUCUGAAAUGCUGGUGUGAAGGAUGUUAAAACGCAUUCCCGAAACUCGUUGCUCCAAAUCGCAUUAAAACUACUAUAAUGCAAUUGUAGAAUUGGUUAAGAACUACAAAUACAUACAUAUAUUAUUGCAACGAAA